AUGAAUGAAUGCCUCGCUGCUGUGGUCGCAGUCGUGGUGCAGGUGCUGGUGCCGGUGGUACCUUUUCGGGAAUCCGCGUGGCUCCAUCACCAUCAGGAAGAGAAGAUGCGAGAUAAAAGUAUGCCAGUUGAGUCUGAGUCAGGGGACCUCAACAGGAAAGACCACCGCCAGAGCACCACUGACUCAGCAAAUGGUGCCCACACAGCAAUCAACAUCAGGAAAAGCAGUAGUGGCAACAGUAGGAAGAGACAUCUGGUGUCUACCAAGUCCAACAACAACAAGUCACCUUGCCACAGUCCCACUGCUGAUGCAGCAAAUCUCAAUGUUGAAGGACAACGUUCUGUCAAGAAGAUUUCUAAUUCUUUAUGGCUGGGAAGCAGCAGCACCGACAGUGGCUCUGGGCGCCAUCAGGCACCAUCAGCAGCGGUAACGGCGCCAUUGGAAAAAGGUGACGCGACCAGAAGGCCACCGGCGCCCGUCCGCGACAUUAGACAAGGUCCCAUUAUCUCUUCCAAAGUGGUGGUGCUGGAGACCACCACCACCAACGCCAGUACCACAGCCACCACCAUGCCAGUCCUCUUCCCUGCAUCCCCAGAGGACACAAGAGGCUCACUCACCAUGCUGGCUACUGCAUCUUUGCUGGAGGCUGCACAAGGUACCAAGGUAUCAGGAGCUGUGUCCCCUCAUGAUCCAUGA